CUCGGCUGAGCAGCGAACCUGCGACACACGUCCUCAAUUCUUUAGGUAUUUAGUUUGGUGAAAUGGCGAUUUAUUGAGGUAAAGCCCUAUUAUGAUCUUCUUACCGGCUAACUACAGUCCGUAUCUAUUUUCACGCUGUUUUAUUACCUUGAUAUCUUCAUUUGGGACGUGGCAUAGAUAGACAGACGACUACAUAAAACCAACUGCUCAGGACAAUUUCAGUACACCCUGCAGCAAUGACUUACUACGACUAACGAGCAUCUUCACAUCGACUACUUGAAUAUGACUAAAACGCUUGUUCCUCUUCCCGCCCACCAAUGAUCCUUUGACAACGGGGCCAUCACAAUGCCAGAUACCGCCUCCUUAAAUUCGCAGAGCGCCCGCUCCACAGCCACCAGGUCCAUUUUCAACAAAGGCCCAACUUUCACUCUCGAAACUUUCUCCAACCGCGAUUUCAUUGUCAAAGACUUCAUCGAGUCCCUCUCAGACACUGCCAUCCCGGCGUCCCAGCGCCGAUCAGGUGGACCUGGCGGAAACCAACCCUUCGACCCCAAACCCCUUAUUCGCACCUUCGAACAUGCUCAACGUCGCAUGGUCGAGUUGUCCGGCGACCUGGAGCUACGAGAAAAUGAGCUAUCCGCCGCCGUGAGGAGGGCAGAGGCCCAGCAUGCGCAGAAUGUCAGCUCUCUUGGCCUCAAAUUAAGCCAGACCAUCGAGUCGUUUCAGAAGCUGGAUACAUCCCUCAAUGGGCCAGGCGGAGGGGCUGGUGGAAAUAUUGCUGUUGAGACGGGAAAGAAGCUGGAGGAACUGGACCGCCAGAGGAGGAGGGCUUUGGAUGCACAUUUCCUGAUCGAGUGCUGGGAUGAAGUUAGCAACCGCGGGGAGUUGACCCUCUUGGAAAAUCUAAGGCGAUCGGGAAGCGGUGAGGGAAAGGUUAGGUGUGCGCAUAUGGCCAGGCAAUUACUCAGGAUAAGCAAGAGAUUGGAUCCGAAAAGCUGGAGCGAGGAAAAUGGCAAUCCCGGGAUAAACGGAACAUCUGUGAACGGCUCUUCCACCGCGAAACGUACUAAUACAAGGGAGAUUAUCGAGAAGUUUUCGGAGACUCUGGAGAAAGAUCUGCUGAAACAGUUUGAUGACUUUUACCGGAAAGCCAACUUUGAUGGUAUGCGCGACUGUGCAGCGGUACUAUACGAUUUCAACGGUGGCGCCAGUGUUGUUGGAUUAUUCGUUAAUCAACAUCAGUUCUUUAUUGACCGCAGCCAGCUCAUUACUGAGGAAAUUGGAGGCGAUGCCGAGACGUGGGAAAAGCUAGCUGAUCCCGACGCUGAACCGCCAGUUGUUGAAUCUAGCCUUCAGUCGCUGGUCGACGAAGUCAAGGUGGUGGUGCAGGAGGAAUCUACGAUUAUCAAACGUGCGUUUCCGUAUUAUGAGCAGGUUCUUGAGAAGUUUUUGCAAAGGAUAUUCCAACAAUCUAUACAGCAGCGGUUAGAAAUGGUGUUAGGGAAGGCUGAUAGUGUAUCAUCAUUGGCGUUCCUAAGAUCUCUUCAAACUGCGCGGAGUUAUAUUAGCGGCCUAAUCGACGAUAUGAAGUCACACGGCCUAACGGAACAUCCGGAAACUAUAUCGGCCAAGACUGCUAUCAUCUUGGAUCAACAAUUGGAAGACCUUUUCGUUCCCUAUUUUGGAGGCUCGUCCUACAUCGAAAGAGAGAAAAAAAAUUUGGAGGAGCUUUACACCUCACUCAUGUUCAAAUUUACGACCUUCCAUAGUCGCAGGAAGAAAUCAACAGCCACAUUCAUGUCGUCUCUGGCCAAAUCUGGCAGCGAACUCAUUAACUCUGCCAGGGAUGCGUAUGUCAGUCGGCUCGAUUCGUCAGACUUCACGCCCACUCAAAAACGAAUGCUGCUGCGUGUUGCUGGCCUCAAAGACAAUGCAGAUUUACAAAAGCAAAGUGAAAUUGAGCUUACGGAUGAAGACGGCCGCUUAAACGUCGGCUUUGCGAAGCGAAUGUUGAAAUGGCUUGCUGAAGGGGUUGGGCGCGAUCUAGAAUUGGUUGUCAGCAGCGAUACGCCAAAAGAUGUUUCCGCACUUUUGAACAUGCUUCUAUCUAUGAUGGGAGAAGGAUACGUCGAGGUUGCGCUCGAUGGCACUCUCGAGUCCGCGUCAAGCCAAGAAUCCUCAAAGACAGAACCAGACUUUUCGUACUUGGGCAACCUACGCGGUGCGAUUACCAUCACACACCUAAUGAUGACAUGCAUUAACGCCGUGCUUAUUCCACUUGCAGCUGGGAAUAUUACGAUCAGGAGAGAUAUGGAGAAAAAGGCUGCCCUAACAAUGAACCGGAUCGAGGAUAAGAUCAAUUCUAUCGAGCAGAAAACUGUAGACGUGGCGCUUUCCUGGGUUUCACGACUUCUUUCGGGCCAGAAAAAGAACGACUUCCGUCCGAAGGAAGAUGCCGCAGAUGGUGAUAGCGCAUGGCUGGAGAUGCUGCAGACUCCCACGUGUGCCGCCAUAUCCACCUUCCUUAGCCGUCUACACACCGCAAUCGUCACUUCACUCUCCUCCAGCGGCCCCAACGUCAAAAUUUUCCUCACUGAAAUCGCCCUCGGCGUCCGCACCUUACUCCUCGAACACUUCAAGCGCUUCCCUGUCAACGGGCCUGGCGGCCUUAUGGUUACGAAGGACAUGACCUGCUACGUAGAUUUACUACGAUCAUGGGAUAUCGAUGACGCUGUUAAAGGCGUUGGCGGCGCGCUCGAUGUUCUAUUGGAAGUUGGCAGUCUGUUCGUCGUUGGGCCUGAAGCGUUGCGAGAGAGGGUUCGGGCAGGAACCACUAGGGCGACUGGUAGGGGUGGCGCUGGCUCUGGGACGAGCAGGACAGGCGGAUCCGGGACUGUGGCGCAGGGCAUGGCGGAGGCGGGGUUGACCGUUCAGGAAGUCAGGGCUUAUGUUAUGAGAAGAGAAGAUUCAGGGACGGUGGGGAUGCAGAGUGUUUUUAAUGCGUUGUGAGCAAUGAUUGAACAUUAACAAAGGGUGGUUUGGAGUGAGCUUUCUGCUUUUUAUUCACAUUUGAUUCCCCAUAUACUCUUUUCCCCUAUAUUUUAUCAUUUUUAUCAUUUAUUUUGAAUUCCUUUAUAAUGACCCUUGGAGCAGUUUAUCCCUUCUCAUUCAGAUCCCUCUAAUUGCCCAUAUCCAAAACGGGGGUAAGUGACACCUAUAAAAAUUAUAUCGAAUUAAAUAAUCAAGUCGACUGGAAGAAGCCCUUUUAGCAGGCGAACGGGGAGGUAUAUGUGAUAGCCUUUGGCGGUCUUUCCCACUGUGAAGUCUUAGGUAUUCUCAUUGCCUGCUCGGUAGUCAAGUGCAAAAGGUAACCAAAAUACCCAUAUCGACCCCUGGACGGGCGGCUACUCGUGACACGUCCCGUUGACCGCUUGAAUACUUUGAAUGAGGUCUUUGGGAAAUCAAAAGGAGGUAAAAAGUAGCAAAAUGCUAGGUAGCAGCAUGCAUGCAUGCAUAAAUAGAUCCGAUAAUUCAUUGGGACUUGCGG